AUGGCUAGACCCUUUGCUUUCCUGAUGGCCCUGGUGGUGUUGAACUACUGGUCAACAUGCUGUCUGGGAUGUGACCUACGUCAGACUUAUACCCACAUGAAAAAUAAAAUCUUGAAUCCCCUAGACGAAUUGAAGAGACCCUCCCUUGUCUCCUGCCUGAAGGACAGAAAGGACUUUGCAUUCCCUCUGAAGAAGGUGGAUGCCCAGCACAUCCAGAAGGCACAAGCAAUCUCUUUCCUACAGGGGCUGGCCCAGCAGGUCCUGACCCUCUUGGUGCCAAUGGACUCAUCUCAUGUUUGGGAGAAAAAAGUCCUGGAAACAUUCCUUAGUGAUCUCAAUGACCAGCUCAAACUCCUGACAACAUGUCAGGGGAUGGGUGAUUCGCAGGUGACUGUGAAUGAUUACUUCCACAGGAUCACUGUCUACCUGAAGGAGAAGAAAUACAGCCCCUGUGCCUGGGAGGUGGUCAGAGCAGAAAUCUGGAGAGCCCUGACUUUUUUAAACAACUUGCUGCCAAUAUUUGCUGAGAAGAAGGAAGCCCUAACAAAAAUGGAGAGGACUCUCCUGAGCUAG